UCGCAGAUCUUGCUCAUUGAGUGUGGACAAGCAUUUCCUCUUGCACAGUCCCGACCGAACACAAAACGGGAAAGAAUUUAAUGUUGUCUAAAUGAACCGAUCGUCGUCAUCAAACAUCCAGAAGAAGAAAUGCUCUCAGGUUCCAGGGAUGAUGGAACUGAAGAAGAGUAAGAAGAAGCAGAGCAUUAGAAACCCAUUGCAACAGGUAAACAAGGGCAAAGAUAGUAAUAGCAGCAGCAGCAGUGGAAGCGGCAGCCUUUCCUCUUCUGUUUCGGUUGAAGCAUCAAGUGGUUGUCUCAGGUUCUUUCUCUCUCACUCUUCUUCUGCAAGAACUCCUUUCAAUAAUUGUAGGCCGGCGAAAUCCCUCGUUAAGACCCCCAAAUCUGCUCCCUUUUCACGCCCCUCUAAGCCGCUGCCUAAAUCCAAGCCCUUCGUCAAGCAGAAUUAUUUGACGAAACGGGCUGUUUCUGAGACACCCAUUUCGCAGAAACUCGGGAAUGUUAAGAAAUGGCAGUCUGUGAACAAGCCCAGUUCAAAAAUUGGGCAGAAUUCAAAUGAUUGCUCAUUUUUGGAUUCCAAUCUCAGUUCUGCUGAUCAGUUGGCUUCUGGAUGUGGAGAAUCGUUAAAGCAGCCGGAGGAGCUGCAGUUUACUCCUUUGAGUAAGUUAGUGACAGGAUCAGGGUUAGAUUGUGCCGGUGUUGUUGAUAAUGAUAAGGUUAUGGAUAAUGAAAAAUCAAAAGGUAGUGGUAGUACUAGUAGUAAAACUAUAACCCCUCCAAUUCAGUCAUCAUUGUCUCCAGAGAUCCAAUGUGGGUCUACUGUGGUGUCAACAAAAGUGUCCACACCUGUUUGUUAUGCUGCCGGCCAUGUUAUCUCUGGGAUUACUGACAAGAGAAAAUGUAGGCCUAGAGGGAUACUUGCUGUGGGAGAUUAUGGUGAUACUUCAAGCUUUGGUAGACCCAAGGCCUUAUAUAGUUUUGAUGAUGCUGAUCAUGAAGAUGGUCAUGUUGGCAUUGAUAACAAUCCUAGGGUUUCUAUAGUCCCUUUACCUGCUGAGGCUUCAAUGCAUUGGUUAUUGUCUCCUUGUAAUGAGGAGGAUGAGGAUAAGAAGGAGAAUUCUGAUAUUAGGUCUUCCCAAUUGCAAGGGUUGGUGGAGCCUAAAACGCUCAAUUCUCCAUCUUCACUGUUAUCUGGUCUUGCAUUCUCUUUGGACUUAUGCAACAUCAGCGCUCAUGGAAGUGGUGCUACUAAUGGUAGUACUAGUGGGAGUGGUAGGAAGUAUUUGCCUUCUCCAAGUGAAGUUCCUCAGUUUAGACAGUGCUUGGAUUCUUUAUGUGAGAAUGUGGUGGUUGUUUCUUCGUCUCCAAAUGUAAUGCCUUGUUAUGGAGCUGGCUCAUUGAAAGAAGAGGGAAAGCAGCAUGAUGAUUUUGAUGGAGUACACUCUCCAUUCUCAGUGGACUCAUUGGGCAGUGAAAAUGUUAUUCAAACCCCACAGUCUGACAUAGACUCUGAAAGAUUAGUUGGCGCUUCAUGUUUGAGUGCAAAUGAUCCUAGGAAACAUACCAUUGAUUUUGAGCUCAAUACAGCAGCUGAAGAUUUUCAGAGGGCAAGCUUGUCUCUUAAGAGCCAUGUUUCAAUAUGGGAUCCAACUAAUUCAAGCUUUCAGUGUGAUCAUUUGCCUUCGCUUCCCAGUUCCGCUGAUUUCACCCAGUUUCAAAAAGUUUUGGGUGGUCAGGCUUUGUGGACAUCAGAUUCUACAUUGGAGACCUUAUCUCAAUCUCAAAUGAGGAUAUCCUGGAGGGACUCAUUAGCUAGUCAAAUUUUGGAGAUGGAUGACCUUGAUAAUUGUAGAUGCUUAUCAGAUGAAGAGGAAGACUUAAAAAUCAAAAACAACAAUCCAUUAAAAUCCUGCCAAAAUCCUAAGAUCAAUGUUGAUUCAGGAAAUGAUUCAAUUUUAAAUGACGCUUUUGGAUCAACUGAAUUUGUAGAUGGUGAACAAGGUGCAGAAGGAAGAUGCAAAGAAAGGCUUCCUUCCCUAUUGAAACAUUCAUGUGCAGAAUCCAUUAGUACUGAUGGAGGGGGCCUGGUCAGUUCGGAGGAUUCAAAUUGGAGUCUCUGCUACAAAAACAGCCUGUUUGAAAUAUAGAAAAUUUCUAAAUUCCUUCAUUCUGCCAAAGUGAGUCUGGCCAACCCCAGGUUGAAGUGAUUUUUAUUGUAAAGGGUUGAGGAUCAGUAUACAAGGACCACUAUUGUACUUUAUCAUUUUGAUAAUUUCUAUUUCAUUUGUUCUUCUCUUGAAUAAUAAUAAUAAUUUCUUUAU